GCAAGAAUGAUACCAGGUAUUCACCCAGUCCUCCCGUGAUGAUGCAACGACCUUACAGUUCUGAUCGUAGGCGUAGUCCUUCCCCUGGGCCCCCUCCCGCAGCAUAUCCGACAUACGAUAGAUACAUUCCCCCACGCCAGAAUGUCUUCUACCGAGACCCGUACCCAAACAGCUAUCGGCCCGGUCCUGAAGCUUGGGGACCAGAACGACCUUAUGCUGGAAGCACUUCAUCCCCUGACAGGUAUCGCCCGCCAAGACAUGCAGAGGGUAACGAUUGGGGCCGCUCUUCCUGGAGACCUAUGGAAUCACUUCCGUGGCCCGACAGAAGGCCUCCGCCGCCACCUCCACCAGAAGCAUACGAGCCGACUUGGGGAAGAACUCGAAGGGACAUGCUUGCGCAGCCCAUGUUUGAACCUUCGGAUAGCUGGAAACAGUCUCAUGGGAUCAAUACGGAUGUUCCAGAUGGGGAUGGAAGAGAUUGGUCGUACGAUAAGUUUUCACCUGUGCACGACACGCGAGAACGCUCUCCAGAACGACCUCCACCUCGAGAAUUCCCCCCACCAUAUUCCUCAAAUGACCGCAACAGGCGAUUUUCAGGCCCACAGGAGCAGAGAGAAGCGCAUCCGUACGGUCCACGAUCUGAUUCUUACCGACCUCAGUAUGACGACCGUAGUCCCUGGGGCGCCUCUUCGUAUCAUCCCGAUGGUGCGGAGAUGCGUGCUCGAGAACAGCGACCUUCAGCUCGCGAAUCUCGCUUCAUCUCAAGAGGUGAUUUCGGCGAGCGUGUGCGUUUUUCUCGAGAGCGGUCCGUCGGCGGUGGGUCCGUGCAUGCCAGUCCCCUACCCUCACCAAUACGAACCCGCACGAAUUUGCCCGACCGUGUCCCAUUUGGCAGCCAUUCGAGGUCUGCAUCAGGGUCGUAUCCUCACAGUCCAAUGAACAAAACCCAGUCUCGCCCUUCCUGGGACUUUGAGGCUCCCCUACCGCCCAAGAUGUCGCCCCCCGAAUCCCGAUCUCGCUCAAUCUCGCAGGAGGUAUCAUAUCAUCCGCCUCACAGAGGCGACUAUACUUCCGAGGCCAACGGCUGGAAGGACGGCCGCUUGCUGCGUGAGGCCUCUGUGGAACAUUACGCGCCAGCAAGUUAUUCUCAUCGUUCUCAGUCUGGUUCGCCGUCCCUGGAGUAUCGUCAAGCCUCACCUGCGGGACGAUAUCUGUCGUCAACACCGCCGCACCAGCAUGACGACUAUGCCAGUUCCGCUUAUCCUUAUCAGCCUGAUGCUUACGAUGCGCAAGCAGCUCCCACGCGUAAGGAUCGUCAUCCGUCGGUGAACGCGACGAGAAGGCAAGAGUCAGCACCACAGAUUGCAGCAGACCAUGGAAACGACUUCGACGAACGACUUCUCGCGAAGCGCGACGAUGAGGACCAGCCUUCAUUCGCCCCUGUCCUGGCCAUAAACCGUGAUUCUGUGGCUGAUUACCCGCCUAUAUCCAGCGGAUCUCAACAGGUUGCGACUGCGACGGAAGCUGCUACCAAGAUUUUUACUGGCGACGAGGAGAUGAAGUUUGUGGGGCGGAGCUUUAGGGUCUCAACCGAUCAAGUUGCCAUCACCCGCGACUCAAGUUCUCCGGAGCCAGACAUUCCCUUGGCCUCCUUAGCGAAGCAGAGCUCGAUAGCACGUUCCCCUAUGUCGAUGCCUCCGACUCCCAUUCUUGAGCAAGGCGAGCCAGCCAUCCCAUCCGAAAGGUUUCUCGCGCCGAAUAUCAGGCCGGCAGCUGGCGAGUCCAUGCCUCUCCAGGACGUCCUGCGUGCUGUGGUCAUGCUACGACUUCAGCAUGACCGGCAGACGAAGGAGGAGCGCGUCACACCCGUCUUACUCGACAAUCUGUCCAAGGUUGUACCGCCGGCGGUGCCUUGCAUGCCCGAUGACGUCAUCCGAGAGGUAACCGCCGAGAUGCGGCACAAAGAGCGAGGUCGGGCACACGAAGAGACGAAGCACUCUCUCCAAGUACGGUUCGCUCAGCGACAGGCGGAUCUUACCAACAAGGUCGCCAGGUUGAGAGAAGAGUACCUCGGCCUGCAUAAGCAAUGGCUUGUCCAAUGUAGCAAGCUCGAUGAAGCGGCCAAAACUCUUGCACUCCAGGAGGCCGCUGCGACGGCCGGACGUACGACUCGCCGCUCCUUAGCAACUAUGGGCGACGCCGUACGGUCCGAUCUCGAGAUGGAACAGAUCAUCGCGUCUCUGGGCAACGAAGAGUUGACGGAUGCAACCCACCUCGGCGCGAAGAACGCAGCUGUGAUCCCGGACAUGACCAGCGUAACGAAGGGCGAGGUCGAGUGUCUGUACGACGACACGAACAACGAAGUUGAGAAUCCGGCCGAGUACUACGCCCCGACGACGGGCAUCGACGACUGGACAGAGGAGGAAGUCGCCGUCUUUCUUGACAAGUUCGCCGACUUCCCGAAGCAGUUUGGGAUCAUCGCGGACUUCCUGCCAUACAAGACACCGACGCAAUGCGUCACGUUCUACUACCUGCACAAGAACAAGCACAUCGACUUCCGGCAGGUCGUCGCACGCCGGGCGGUGAAACGAAAGCGUGGUGGGCGGAAGCAGAAGAGCAAUGCGCUGCUUGCCGAUAUCCGUAAACGAGACGAAGAAACGUUUGCCAACGGAACCAGCAGACGCAGGAGAGUACCACCUGCCGCAGCGAAUGGGGAGUCAAAGCGCGCUACGGCACGCCGCUGUGCCGCUAUUGUCCAGGAGGAUCCUGCCACUGGCACACCAACACCCGAGCCCGAGAACGAGCCUCGCAAGCGGAGGCGUCGCGCACCACAGCGUAUCAUGGCUGCAGAUCAGGAUGAGACUGUCGAGGAAGCUGAAACUGACUCCAAGCCCAAGCGUGUGAGGAAACCUCGCAGACAGGCGAACAUGUCUGCAUCUGCGACCCCCGUCAAUGCCACUCCUCUCGAUACCCCUGUCAUCCCUGACGGACCCGAGCCAAACCCCAUGGAGGACAUCGUGCUGUCGAUCGGUCAAGCCGGCUCCUCUCGAAGGUCCACUGGGAGCAAUUUAACUUGGUCGGACGAUGACCAAAACCUCUUCUUGCAUCUCCUCUCGCAACAUGGCGAUGACUUCAAACGGAUUGCCGCGUCUAUGCCCAACAAGACCACGGUCCAAGUAGGCGCCUUCUACCGGGCACAUGCCGAUGAAAUGAGUUUGGACAGGAUUGUCGCCAGUGCGCCCAAGCGAUCGCCAUCAGCAGAGCCGCAGCCCCAGGGUGUAUGGAAACAAGUCACAUUCAGGGGUGUCCGGCAGUACCAAGAUGCUAGAGCUCCCGUCGAAACCUAUCAUCAAGCUUUGGGGAGUGCUGGUAGCUCUGGGAGCUCAACUCCCAUGUCUGGUUUUGCCGGGCCCGGCUCUGGCAUGGCCUACCGACCGAGCUCGUAUGAAACGAUGCAAGUGCCGUACGCCUUCAAUCGCGUGCCAUCGCGUAGCUCAGAAGAGGGGAUGCAGGCCGGUAUGACCACGAUGCCGAGGGACCACCUCAACAACCCGUCGCCAUUCGCACAGGGCACGCUCACGACGCGUUUCUCGAGCUUCCCGUAUCGGAACUUCUCGCCCUCGCACUUCACAGACAGCCAGUCGCCAAGUUUCAGCGGCGUGCAGAGCACGUACGCGCAGAAUAACAAUGUGUCGAGCAGCGCCGCGCAUCAUCACCACACAGAGCCCCUCGCCGUGACGACGAGCGUGACCAACUCAAACUACCGAUGACCUUGUGGCAUACCUGGAACACCGCACCAGGCUGGCACAGCAGCAAUGAUGUGAUUUCGGACCUUGCAAACUGAUUUUCCCCUCUCAGAUGAACGCGUAUUCGUGUGCUGUCGUUUGUUUGUACUUUUUCUCCUCUGUGCUCUAGCCAGUGCUUAAUCACGCAUGUACAUCCUUCGUAAUUUUCAAAAUACCUCAGCAUCGUAAUACAAAGACACUCGAUCUAUGUCAUCAUCAUCGUGUGAUAGUGAGAUGCAGCAAGUAAUGCGAAGUUGCGGAGCUACCCGGGUUCGCACCGCGCGGGUCAGCGCCUGCCCUCGACCAUAAUGACGUGGUAACCAAACUGUGUCUUGACGAGGGACGAGCAGACAGGACGGUCGACGGUGGAAGGCUCCAGUGCGAAAGCAGCGUCUUGGAACGCUCCCACCAUGGACCCUCGGGUCAUCCAACCAAGGCUACCGCCAGCUUUCGCCUUGUCCUCCGAGUACUCCUGCGCGACCUUGUCGAAUCUCUGUCCCUCCUGGAUCUUCUGAAGAGCUUCAGUAGCCUUCGAAUGCUUUUCGCAGAGGAUGUGCCGGACGUUGAUGGCGGUCGCGGGCUUUAGUCCGCCUUUCCCGCCCUUCGGUUUCUCGCCAGCAUCGUCAGCUUUGCUAGCGGCCUUACCUCCUUUCUUGUUGUCGCCUCCUUUGUUGGCGCCCUUAGC